AUGUUUCAAAAUCUAUCUUCAUUCGUGGACUCGGUCAACAAGAAGCAUGAAAGAAACCAAUUAAAUCGUCUUCGAGAACGAACAAAAUAUUUAAAUGAUGACGAUGAUCAUACCAUGGAUGAUUUAAUAUCUUCUCCAACACAAAGAAAGCUUCUCGAUUAUGAAAUUCGGAAAGAAGGUGCUUUCAUCCUUUCUACCCAUAGACGUGUAGUGAAUCAUAUCUUGCUCUUCUUGAUGGAUUUUUCAAUUUACAAUGAUGCAGAAACAAACCAUGACAGCAAAAAGAAAAAGAAGAAGAAAAAACCUCAACACACCAUUUCCGAUGAUUUAAUGAAUUUACUUUUGGUGAACAAAUUAUGGUCGGAAUUAGUUCAUGCACAUUAUUGGACCAAUGAAACAUUGAGGUCUUCUUUUUCAUCGUCGGGAAGCACCAACGACUCGUCGUUUUUUGGAAAAACUCCACUCGUUUCCACUCCAAAUCACGUAUUGAAAAUUCCGUUUCAAUUUCAUUCAAUUUCAGGUAUCAAUCAAACAAAAAUUGUUCUUAAAUUAGAUACUCAAACACCUAUUUACAUCUCCUUUUACAAAAUUUAUUUUGAAAUUUUUGAAUAUCUUCAAGAAUUGAAUAAUGGCAUUCAAAGAAGAAAGGAUAUAGAAUCAAACACUGAUUACAGAAUAGAUCCUGUAAUUACAGAGUUUAUUGAGCACUCUACUGAGAGAAUGAAAAUGAUACUGUUAUUCAAUCACCAUCACGAAUAUCAAUUCUUCCUCAAAGCAUUGAAAGAUCACUUUUCGCAGUAUGGAUUUUGUACAUUGUUUUGUCAUGGUGGAACUUUUAGUUGUUGUGUUUUUGAAAAGAGCAGAAAAUUGGAACAAAUGGUUCCCUCGUCCCUUCACAAAACAUUUCACAAAUACGUGACUCGAAAAAAGCAAGGAAAAAGACAAGUCUCCAAGGAUCAAAAUAAGCGCUGUAAAUCUGUUGGUAGUGAAAUUCGAAGAAUUCAAGAAGAACACUUUAAACUCAAAUCAAGAAAAUAUCUCGUCUCUUGGAGUGAUGUAUUGGGACAACGAGAAACUGUUAUUUUCCUGAAUGCACCUGGACCCUACAAUGAAUAUACACUGUUCAAUAGAAAGAAGGAAGCAGGAUCACGCAUGGUAUCGAUCACCAGUAGUAACGAGCUCGAUGAUGAAACUAAGGCAGUUCAAAGUAAGGAAAACAAAUAUGCUGACUAUGUGGAUAAGAAGUAUGUGUGUCCUUUCACGAAAAGUCAAUGCUUUACAAUGCCAGGUGUGAAAGGCAUUAACACUUCAAGUCCAAACCACACUUCAAAUCUGGAGGCUAAUGAUGAGUUGUUAUCGAUUUAUUUUCAUGAUGAAGAGGGUCUUCAAUCGCUUCAAACGAAUUCGACUCUCUCUCCACAACAAGGUGGCACUUCAAAUUUGGAAUCUGACGAAGGAAUGGAUGAAGUAUUGUCCAAUGAUGACGACGAAGACUACGAAGACAUUUGA